AAGAUGUUUGUAAAAAAGUUACUAGGUACUGUGGCUACUUUGGGGGUUGGGGGUUUGGUGGGGGUCGUGGUUGAACGUAAACGAAGGAAUGAAGUGAACGCUGCUGGGGUGGAUCGACCGAACCAGAUCAUGAGAUACGGUUUCCCAACUAAUUCAAACUUGAAGGUACGUUCGAAUUACGUUUUGUCGUACGAUCGACGAAAUAGAAAUCCUAACUGGGUGUUUGAACAUUUAAACAUAGAUAUCAUAAAGAAGACAAAAGAUUCAAUCGAGCGUGACCAACUUGCAUUCACAGAGGAUUCCUCGAUACCUGGUUGGUUCCGCUCGACCAACCGUGACUUCGCUAAGAGUGGAUUCGACCGAGGUCACAUGGCUGCGGCAGCCAAUCACAAUGCGCAAGCCACAUGGAAAGCCGAUACAUUCUACUUAAGCAACAUCGUGCCGCAACACCCCCACAUGAACCAACACGCAUGGAAUAACUUGGAGAAAUACGUUCGUAGUUUAUGUCACCAUAACGAUAAUGUUUACGUUUGUACCGGCCCAUUGUAUCUACCAAGGAAAGAGGCGGAUGGUCGAAUGUUUGUGACCUACCAAGUUAUUGGGGACAACCAUGUAGCAGUGCCUACCCAUCUAUUUAAGGUUAUCCUCACUGAGAAGAAAGGUCGCUACACCCUCCGUAGCUAUAUGAUGCCCAACCAUUACAUAGACCCCUCUAUACCACUGGAACAAUUCAAAUGUUCAUUAGAAAACAUAGAAAGGGCUGCGGGGUUCUUUGUAUUUCCACAACUCAAAGCAGAAAUUCAUUGAUUUAAACAACUUCAAUUUUUUAAAUUAACUUUUUUUAAAAAAUUUUGCAUUUUUUUUAUAUUUUUAUGGUCCUUUAAGGACAAUGUGUGUCAAGGGGCUUGGGGUUUGGACCAGAAUUUCCCAAUUUGCCCAAAUACAUGGAACCAUUACUAUGCGGGUUAGGUCUUACGGGAAGGCAUGUCAAAUAAGAGACAACCCAUUUAUAAGGAUGUAUGGAGUAUUUAUUCUAUUUUGUGUCAAAACACCAUUUAUAGUUGUUUUCAUCAUUUGAUACAAACCAAUCCACAAAAGGUUAGUGGUUAUUUUCAAUCCACAAAAGGUUAGUGGUUAUUUUUAAAUUUCUAAUUCUCCUAAAUAUUUGCAGUUUUUUAUUAUUUUUGUUUUAUUCUUAACUGCCAAAUUGUAUGUUUUGUUGCAUUUUAAAGGCGCCGAGUAAUUACCGAUAUUCAUAUUUACGUAUUACUGUGGGGUAAGAUGGGAUACCGUUAGCACAUAAUAUCCCAUGUUUUUUAUAAUCAUGUUUUUAUCAAUUAACAACACGUGUCGGGAGAAUACGGUUAUAUAAUUCUGUAAAUAUUUUUUGUUAGUUACCAAAUGGGACGAUAAAAUAGAAUGAAAAUAUAAACCACCUUACCCCAACCUACCAUACGUUUGAACAGAAUAUGCAAAAGUUAAAUUUAGACGUUUAAAUCUAUCCCAACAUUGUGCCAUUUGUUUAAGCUUUUUAAAAGUUCCUAUUUGUUGUAAACUGUUAUAAUACUGAAAUUCAUAUUCGCAUUAUUGUAUAUUUUAAACCUUUUUUCAAAUGCAUCAUGCUAGUAGAUUUAAUAUAUUUGUGGCAGCACAUUUCAUCAUUUUUACUUAAACAUUUUUAAUUUAAAUUUUUAAAUCUAACAAGAGAAUUAGGUAAAAUUAAAAUAUUAAAAUUUUUGCAUUGAAUACUGUGUGUUAGUCGUUAGGUGUGUUGCAGUUUAUUGCCAAUUAUUUCAUCUAAAAUAAAUGAUAUUGUCAAAUAA